ACAUUCCUCCAAUACAGUUUGCUUUUACAGUCACCAUGAUUCGUUCUCUCUCUCCUUCUCUUUCUCUAUCUCGCUAUUCCCAAGAUAAAAGCAACAACACGAACAACAAGAGAGAGAAACACGAAAACAAAAACAAACUCUGAUUCUCCCAAUGAAGUUAAUCGGCGACGGAGGCACUGGCCGGAAAGUUCUAGUCGGAGUUAAAUUAGAUCCCCGCAGCCGUGAAUUACUCACGUGGGCACUCGUUAAGGUCGCCGAACCCGGCGACCUUGUUAUCGCGCUUCACGUUCUCGAUACAGUCACUGAGGGAACAUCGUCGUUGCUAUCUCUGGUGAAAACUUUUGAUUCAGUUCUCGCCGUAUACGAAGGCUUCUGCAAUUUAAAGCAGGUUGAUCUUAGGUUGAAAGUGUGUAGAGGUGAUUCGGUUAGGAAGCUUCUAGUACAAGAGGCGAAAGCGUUUGGAGUUUCAACGGUGAUUUUAGGAACUUCCAAAUCUCAUCAUACAAUUCGUUCGUCGUCGUGGGUUGCUAAGUAUUGUGCGAAGAAAUUGCAUAAAUGUGUUUCUGUUUUUGCUGUUGAUAAUGGCAAAAUUGCUUUCCAAAGAGAAGCUAGUGGUCAAGAAAAAUUACCUGAAGGACCACAUUUAUCAUCGAAAUCGUUGGUGAUUUUUACUAAUAAAAGUGUGAAGAAUUGUGGAAGUUGUGCUCUACGAGAGAUAUCUGAAACUGAAGUUGAUCAAGGGGAGUUACUUGAUCAUGAUUGUGAAAAGGAAAACUCACUUGCUUUGGUACCGUUUCAAAAACUUGAUGAUCAUGAUUCCGUGGUGGGUAAUUCCAAACAGUCAAAACCUGGUUGGUCGCUUAUUCGCCAUGUAUUUCAGCACAAAAAGCAUACUCCCAAGUCUUCGCCGAAAAGUACAUUUGUUUUUCAACGGGCAUUACGACAUUCCAGUACUAGUACUCAAUCUUCAGCUGUAGUAUAUCCAGAUCAUAAACAGAUUAAUAUUGAUAAAGUUGAUGAUUCUCCCCUGGAUGGGGAGAGUGGUGCCAUUGUGCCAUUUGGAUCUGCCAUUACCUUGCCUCCUCCCACCCUUUGUAGUGACACCGGUAACCUUCCUGAAGAAUUGUUGGUCUUACGAGAGAAGUAUUCGUCUUCUUGUAGAUUGUAUAGUUUGCAGGAACUUGUAGCCGCAACUGUAAACUUCUCAUCCAAAAAUUUGGUUGGCAAAGGUGGUAGUAGUGAUGUUUACAGAGGAUGUCUUCCUGAUGGCAAGGAAUUGGCUGUGAAAAUUUUGAAGCCGUCAGAAAAUGUCCUAAAAGAGUUUGCUCAGGAAGUUGAGAUUGUUACAACUUUGCAUCACAAGAACAUAAUAUCUCUAUCUGGUUUUUGUUUAGAGGGAAACCAUUUAUUACUGGUCUAUGAUUUUUUAUCAAGGGGAAGCCUAGAAGAAAACCUUCACGGUAAUAAAAAAGACUAUAAUUCAUUUGGAUGGCAAGAGAGGUACCGGGUGGCCGUGGGUGUAGCCGAGGCCUUGGAUUAUCUGCAUAACGGCUGUGCACGAGCUGUAAUCCAUAGAGAUGUCAAAUCUUCUAAUAUCCUUCUUUCAGACGAUUUUGAGGCUCAGCUCUCAGAUUUUGGACUGGCUAGUUGGGUUUCUUCUUCCCAUAUUAUUUGUACUGAUGUGGCUGGAACUUUUGGGUACCUAGCUCCUGAGUAUUUUAUGCACGGUAGAGUAACCGACAAAAUUGAUGUUUAUGCUUUUGGUGUUGUACUCCUUGAGCUUCUAUCCAAUAGGAAGCCCAUUAACAAUGAAUGUCCAAAGGGCCAGGAGAGCCUUGUUAUGUGGGCUACAUCAAUCUUGAAAAGUGGGAAGAUUUCCCAGUUGCUUGACCCAAGCCUUGGCAGUGAAUACAACGAUUGCGAGAUCAAGAGAAUGGUUUUGGCUGCUACUCUAUGUAUUAGACGAGUUCCUAGACUGCGACCUCAAAUCAGCCUUAUACUGAAACUUCUUAAUGGCGACGAAGAAGUAACACGAUGGGCAGAACAAGAAGUUUGUGCACCAGAGACGCAUGAUGGAUUUGAUGAAGAACCAGUUCCAACAAAUAUCCAGUCCCAUCUUAACCUUGCGUUGCAGGACUUGGAUGAUGAUGCAGUUUCUAUCAGUAGCACUGAGCAGAGUGUUUCAUUGGAGGACUAUUUGCAAGGAAGAUGGAGUCGCUCUUCAAGUUUUGACUAACUACUUCACCACGGUAUUGUUUGGGAAUCAAAUGUUUGUUUUGUUUAUAGUAUUUUGUUUUCUUAAGUUAAGAUUUCUGGAAUUCUGCGGCAGCGUGGAUUGGGUCUUGGAAGAGAGGUCCAAAAAUUAUCCCCCUCCUUGACUUUGUAGCUACGUUUCAGUUCGUGUUUUACAGAAAGAUGUUAACAGAAGCCGUUGGCCUUUCUGAAGUAAAUUCUAGCGGGCUAGGUGGCUAACAUGUAGAUUUGGAUUAAAAAAAUGAAGAGUAUAUAUAUAUAUUGUGCCACGAAAGAACAUUCUCUUGCUUCUAAGUUAAAUGGUGUUGCAUCCAAAAUCCACUUGGACCAUUGUUGAGUCCUUUUUUAGCUGUAACCAAUUUGUUCUUCUUAUGGUUGAAACACGACUAGCUCUUUGUCAUUUUUAACUGUAACCAUUUGCCUUCUUUUCAUGUGAAUUGUGUGAUUGAAACUAAAACCAUAAAGUUUAAGUUAAGGUAAGGUAACUUUCAUUGGGUUUAGAUUCUAUUAUUAUAAAGCACGAAAUUGUAAAUAGCAUUUGAAGAAUGAGUCCCAUACUCCCAUGUUUAUUAUG